AUUGGUGAAGAGGCUGGUCUUGCAAUGCCUUUGAAUAUUUUACUUUUAGGCAGUUCCUCAUCAGUCAGCCACACACAUCCGAGGCGAGCUGAAGCUAACUACAGCCAUGGACAGCACUAGGAGAUCUCACAUCUAAUCGCACGCAUCGUUCCUCCGGGAUAUUCUUGAAAUUCCACAUCCAAACACGCUGACAGCAGCUGCACUCACACACACACACACUCACACACACAUCCACACGCCGCAGAGCCGCCGAGCAAACACCUUGUCUGUCCUCUCGCAGGAUAUACCCGCUCACACACAUCUCUCUUUAUCUCCUCCUGGCUUCCCGGAGGAUCCUGCCGGCUGUUUUUCAUGGAGAAAGUCCAGGGAGAAAUGGAGAUUGAGAGAUGGGAAAGAAGUGAAGAAAUUUCAGACGCAGAAAAAAAGGUCAUUCAAGAGAUAUGGAGCAGAGUAUAUGCAAACUGCGAGGACGUUGGGGUCUCCAUACUCAUCAGGUUUUUUGUGAACUUCCCCUCGGCCAAGCAGUACUUCAGCCAGUUCAAGCACAUGGAGGACCCUCUGGAGAUGGAGAGGAGCCUGCAGCUGCGCAAGCACGCCCGGAGGGUCAUGGGGGCCAUCAACACCGUGGUGGAGAACCUCAACGACGCUGAAAAGGUCUCCUCUGUGCUGGCCCUGGUGGGCAAGGCCCAUGCCCUCAAGCACAAAGUGGAGCCCAUCUACUUUAAGAAACUCACUGGUGUGAUGCUGGAGGUGAUUGCUGAGGAAUACCCCAACGACUUCACCCCCGAGGCACACGGAGCCUGGACCAAGAUGAAGACCCUCAUCUGCACCCAUGUGACAGCAGCCUACAAGGAGGCGGGCUGGGCUCAGUACCCCACUGCCACCCUGUGAGCGCCCAGGGGGCCACCAGAGGGGCAGGGAGGGCUUUGCUCACCCCAGGACUUCGCUCUGGUCUCCUCUCAAGAUCUUUGCUCGGUUUGGGGAGCCCGGCAGGGCCAGUUCUGUCAGCUGCCAAGUCACAAUUUGAUCUCCAUGGGGUUUAAAAACAAACUAAACAAGCCAAAAAAAGCCACAGAACCAUGAAGGGUGUGGGUGGGUCGGGGUGAAGCAGUUGCAGGGGACGCUGGAAGGAGAUGCAGAGGGUGAGGGGAGAGCUUUGGUUGUUGGCUCCAUCUUCCUGUCCUGGCCUGUCCAUCACCACCUCCCAAAUCCUGCACCUCACUUGCACCAUCUCAAAGCCCCUUGCACAAGUGCUGCUGCCCCGUUCACUGAUGAACAACACAACCCUCAUUUUCCACGUGAGGCCCCUGGCUAAAGCUGGAGCCCCUGACUGCACCGAGAACUUUGCUUUGCUUUGCACUUUGUGUGUCACCUGGCAGGGCUGACUGCCAGAGCCUCUCUGGGUGCUCCAGGUGGGCAGCAGAGCUCACCUGUGCAGUCACCCACAGUCCCUGUCCUGGGCUGGCUGCUGCAGCCCCUCUGGGCUGGGAGAGAAGCUGCCCCACAGCCCCAGAGAGGGGAAGGAGGGGGAUGCCCUUGGGGGAUCCCUCAUGGCUCAGAGCUUGGUGUGUGGGUGGGAUCCCUGUGCCGCAGGUGGGGAGCUGGUGAGUCCCCCCACAGCUCCCUGAGGAGGGGUUUGGAUGGAGCAUGGUGUGCCCUGGGAGCUGCUGUGUGUCGGUCUGUCUGUCCUCUCAGUGACAAGGGGGGUCAGGCUGUGAUUAGGAGGAGGAAAGAUGGCACAGACACAUCAGGAGGGAUUCUGGUUAUGAGGAAAGGUCCCUUCUUUGUUAACAUCCAUAAAUACCUUGUACACAUUCCUGCCCUCAUGGUGAGACUGGGCUCCUCCAAACAAAGUGCCUGGUAGAAAUCAGCCCAUGCAGGAGCUGAGUCCCUCCUGGGGACAGCAGUGCUCCUGCCUGUGCCUGACAGAGGCUUCUCCCACACCCCCCAAACGUGGCUGCAGGGCUUGGAGCACUCAUCCCUCCUCCAACACCAACUCCUCCUGAACCUCCGGGUCAGUCUGCCUGGUUUGUGCCUCAGUUUCCCCUGCAGAUAUGAAAAAGGGAGGAGGAGGAGCAGCCCCAUGUCCUCCUGCCCACAUGUGGUUGGAUUCAUAACAUUUCUGGGAACUGAAUGGCAAAGGAUUGAGGAUGAAAUGCCAGAUGUGCUGGGAAGCUUUGGAAUCCUUGGCACCCAAUAUUUCCCUGAAGGCCUGUGCUAUUUUUAGAGCUCAGGCGUCUAGGGCAAUGUUAUCUGUGGCAGUGGGAGGAGGGUUCCCUUUGAGAUUCCCUCUGGCCUGGCUCCACCGCUGUCCUGGAGAGCUGGCAGCUCCUGAGAGAGCCCAGCUCCUCUCCUGGUGCCAGCUGGACAGGCAGCCAGCCCAGAGCUCCACCUGGCAUCCCCACAGCCACCCUGGGGCCAUCCCUCACCGUGGGUCACUGCCCCAGGCUGACCUCCCUCCUCCAGAGCAGACAGACAGACAGAACCUCCUGCUUGGCUCACCUGUGCUUUCCACCACCCCCAGGAACAAAACAGGUUUAUUGUGUCUCAAAACAGCCCCAGGACUCCAAUAAUGUCACUGCAGCCACUCUGGCCUUGCAGUGCUUUCCUUCCUGCAUCCCACAGUGCCACUGAUGGAGAGGAGCAAUGGGGCCUGGGGCAAUGGCACCUCCUGGGUGGCACCAACAGCUGGGCACAGCUGUCCUGGGUAUGGCAGGGUGCAGGGGGUGUGAAAGGGACAGGCACAGGGUGACAAGUGAUGCUGCUUUGUUCAUGGGGCUGUCAGAGUCAGCAUGCCCAGAACCCAGCCCACAGCCUGCCCUGGUGGAGGUGCCAAUGGCUGCAGCUCCAGCUCACUCUGGGCUGUCACAGAGGCUGCUCAGCCCUCAAACAGCUGCUGCUGCCUGGGUGGGGAUGGAUGGGAGAAGCCUGCUCAGCCAUUGACUCCCCCCCAGUGCAGGGCUGGGAGGGAUCCCUUGGAUCAAGACUGUUAGGUGAUGUCUGUGUGUGUGCACACCACGGCACUCACGAGCUCUGCUGGCUCCUGCCAAGGCCUGGGGGCCAGCAGCACACAUUUCUGAGCAGUUCAUGCACUCCCUGUGCUCUGCACAUGCUGGGCCAGGGGUGUUUCUGUACAGGGAUGUUUCCUCUUUAGACAAAAUUUUGCACAUUGACCUUUGAGGUUAAUAAUCUCCAGGUGGGAAUUUUAUUUUUGCAGCGCAAACCCUUCCCCUCCCUUCCCACAGCCAAAACUGGGCUCCCAGUCUGCAGAGAAGCCACUUUGGAGCGUCUGGAAAUUCUCCAUGUUCAUACCCAACCUACCCUUGUGCCUUGGCUUUUGGGGGGCAGCAGCAGGGAGGUCCCCCCACCUCCCCAUUAAACAGUGCUUUGGUUUCUCCUUUCUUUUUUUACAUCCCCAGAAGAGUUGACCCACGGCCUCCUGCACCACGUGUGCGUGUGCUGGGCUUGGGGCUUUUUCCAGGCACUUUUUCCUAAAGCAGAUCCAGAUGUGUGCAGCUGCUGUCCCUCGAGGAGCACCCCCGAUCAGCCGAAUCGCAGCCCACUCCAGUAGAGGCAAACAAAACCACGUUUAUUUUUAUUUUUAUCAGCUUGCUAGGAAGUGACACGGAGCAGGAGGGCGGCGGGGCAGGGCUCGGGAAGGGAGGAGGAGAUGGAGAUGAAACGAACGCCCCCUCUCUGCUCUGCUGAAACCCAGCACCGUCCUCAUCUGGGGAGAGAUAAAGAUCAACAGAGCGAGGGAAAAGCGCCAUUCCAGAGUGACAGGGCUGAUAAAUGCCGUGUGGCAGAGCAGCGAGGCAGGGGGGGGCAUGUCCUGGCUCUGUGCACGGCUCUCUGGCACACAUACCCACCCAUGCACAGCCAUUCCCUGUCACUGCCACCUACUGCUCCCUCAGUCCCUCCACAACUGAUUGGGGGCCCCUUGUCCCCUUUUGUUCAGGUCUUGCUCUCUGGGGCUUGGCCUUUCACUCCUGGCACACUUAGGCCGAGCUAAGGGCACACUUAGGCCGAGCUAAGGGCACACUUAGGCCAAGCUAAGGGCACAUGUAGGCCGAGCUAAGGGCACACUUAGGCCGAGCUAAGGGCACGCUUAGGCCGAGCUAAGGGCACACUUAGGCCGAGCUCUGCUCUCCUUGGGGGUGGCAGUUGGGGACCAGCUCUCAAACUCCUUUCCCCAGGGCUCGCAGGUGAGAAGUUGAGGCUCAGGGCAUCGCUGCCAGCACAUGCUGGGCCCAGCUGGUCUCUGCCCUGCACCCCCAGACCCAGCCAGCCCCUGGCUCUGCCAGCACCUUGGCAUGAUCAUCAGGGCUGGGCCUGGAGCUGUGAUCCAGGGGGAACGCCUCUGUGCCCCCUGCCAGAGGUGGGGAAAUGCUGAGUGAGGGGGGAUUUGGUGCCCCCCUUGAGCCCCUCAUCCUGGCUCUCUCUGGCAGCACUGCUCCCAUCAGCCAGCUCCUGUCCCCUCGCUGCAGCUCAGUGUUUGCUCAGAGGGAGCUGAGCCCUGGGGAAUGGGGGCAGCACUGGGCUGGGAUGGGGCACAGACCCACCCACCCUGUCCCCCCUCCAUGGCUAACAUUCAUGGCAGGUUUAGCUCUGCAGACACCCCCCAACACCACCAGAACCCUUAUGGGCCUCGUGCCACCACCCUCAUCUUCUCUUGGGGAUGACAAAUCCCCAGGGCAGCCUGAGCUCCCCCAGGGGAUCCUCUCACAUCUCUGCCCCUUUGUCCCAGGAGAGAGGUCACAGUGUCCCCCCAGGGUCUGAGGGGAUGCUCAGAGACUUCAAUGGGGACCAGAUUCCACCUGGCUGGACUCUGGUGCCAGAACUCAGCCUGCCCCUGGCCAUGGGGAAGCUGCCCUGCUGUGGGGAUCUGGGGCCAGCACCACCAAUGCCAGGCACAGGGAUCAAAGGGAAACCCACACGCUGACCUUGGACCAGCUGAGGGAAAGGGAGGGCCAAAUCCACCCACCUGGCCUGACCUCUGUGCCAGGCUGCCAGUUAUUUUCCAUAGCUGAAGUUGUCUCUCAGUGUUGGUGUGUCUGCCCCAGCCCCAGCGUGCCCCACAGCCAUGAGUGUGGUCAGAUGUAACCCUGUGUCUCUCCUGUUCCUGCUGCAGAUCCUGUUCAUGUUCGUGUUCCUCGGCGCUUCCGUGCUGGUUUUAUACCUGCCUUCCGUGUUUAUGGGUGUAACUUUGGUUUUUUUCUUUUUGUAGGUUUUUAGUAUGUUUGUAACCGGACAAAAUGGUGUUAUUAAACUGAAACUUGUAUCUUCAGUGGAUAAAUCAAUCAAACCCC